UUUAACUGUAUCUACUAUCCUUUUGGGCAUCACAAGGUCUCUGUUGAUAUUCUACAUCCUUGUUAAGUCUUCACAAACUUUGCACAACAAAAUGCUGUGGUCCAUUUUGAGAGCUCCAGUAUUGUUCUUCUAUAGAAAUCCAAUAGGAAGAAUUUUAAAUCGUUUCUCGAAAGACAUUGGGCAUAUGGAUGACUUGCUGCCUCUGAUAUUUCAAGAUUUCAUCCAGACAUUUCUUCUUGUGGUUGGCGUGGUGGGUGUGAUGGUGGCUGCUAUUCCUUGGAUUGCUAUACCUGUGAUUCCGCUUGGCAUCAUUUUCUUUGUUCUCCGGUGGUAUUUCUUAAGAACGUCACGAGAUGUGAAACGCCUGGAAUCAACAACUCGGAGCCCGGUGUUUUCCCACUUAGCAUCUUCUCUCCGGGGACUCUGGACCAUCCGGGCGUACAAAGCCGAAGAGAAGUUUCAGGACCUGUUCGACGCAUAUCAGGAUUUGCAUUCAGAGGCUUGGUUCCUGCUUUUGACGACAUCCCGAUGGCUCGCUGUGUAUCUAGAUGUCAUCUGUGCCAUCUUUGUCACUGUUGUUGCCUUUGGGGCUCUGAUUCUGGUAGAAACCUUGGAUCUCGGGCAGGUUGGCCUGGUCCUGUCUCUCACCCUCACACUUACUGGGAUGUUCCAGUGGUGCGUCAGGCAAAGUGCUGAAGUGGAGAAUAUGAUGAUUUCAGUAGAAAGAGUGAUUGAAUAUACAGACCUUGAGAAAGAAGUGCCCUGGGAAUAUAUAUAUCGUCCACCACCAUCCUGGCCCCAUGGAGGAAAGAUUAUCUUUGAUUUUAUUAACUUCAGGUACAGCUUGGAUGGGCCUCUGGUAUUGAAGAACCUGUACACGCUCAUUGACCCAAGAGAAAAGUUCAGGAAGAAACUGAGGACUGUUAUGCUGGGAAAACAUUAGCCACAUCUCUUGAUACACUCCUG